AGUACAACAAAAUUAAUAACUGUACUAGACACGUGUAACUCAAAGGAAAGGACUACUUGGUAAUCUUUAUUUGGUAAUAUUCAAUACACACACUUCUUGCAAGCAAGAGAAGUAGAAGACAAUCUUCAUAGCCCACUCAAUCUGCACGCCAACCAAAGAAGAUGCCUAUCGACGUUGGCGGUGCCACCUCAAGCCGGUCUCCACGGGCUGACCAUGCUGCAUCGCCGCAAGGAGUGGGUCUAGACGGCCGAGAAACUACUGAAGAGAAGUACAAUUUGUUGGCGCAUCUAAGGACCGGUAACAGUGGGGCACCUCGGCACCGAAGCCACAGUCCACGACCAUCAAAGGUGAAGGCGACGUCCGCUGUGUGGGAUCCGAACGGCAACUGGAUUCGAGACAUGAACCCAAGACAAAAACUAUUCGGUAUUCAUGCUGGACAAAGAAAAAUCAAAAUGAUGUAGUACGGAGAGCUCUCACAUUCGUCAUGGUCUUUCACCCACGAUGGUACUGAUUAUCUGCAAGAGCCAACUAAGUUGAUAAAUGUUAUAGUAACGUAAUGUUGAACCAAAAUCCAGUGAAAAAACCGGACACAUUGAAAGCGGAAAAUCAGAAGAAACUGGGCAGCUUACGAGGCUACGUAGAGAAAAAUCACCUGCGAAACACGAUGACUCAUUUCAAGUCCCGAAGUUUCGGAUGGCAUGAUGAAUUCAAAAAUGGUACUUUAUUUUAGAGCUUCAUCGUACAUUUGUGCUGCUGCAUAUUAAAGGAUAAUUUUGUUUUUCCAAAUUUUUUAGCAAUUCCUAGUGGACAAAACAUCCUACUCCUAGUAUAUUACAUGAUCGACCUAUCUCUCAAGGACAGAGCACUUAGUAACCAAACCUCCAAGUCAAACCUGUCCCUCCCUCAGCCAACGACGUUCGGCAAACUUUGGACCUCAUCGUCAGACACGGAGGUGCUGCGCAGAGGAGAACGCGCAAAGCGCAUCGAGCAGAGGGCUUUAAGUUUCUGUUUGCCGACACUAAGAAGGAUGCGGCGCCGAACCAGAAGUUAAGGCAACCAAGAGAGCAUGUCCUUAGCACCAUCACCAUGAUCUUUGGCUCUUUAUACAGUUCCUACCUGAAUGAAAAGAAGCCCCAAAGGAUAUCAUGACCCUGAAGGAAGAUGCAAACGCGGUAGCUUUAAAGAAAGGUGCGGAUAAACCUGGGCAGAAACAGCAAAUACGGACGACCCAUCACCGCGCACUAGCGCACGCGGUCGAGAUACGCAAAGACAUCGAUAGCAAAACACAAGAUAUAGUAGACGACGGAUCCGACGAGGCUCAGAGGGAAGAAGGUAUAAUUAGUUACAACUACUUGAUUAAUUUCGCUUAAAGGCGAUGUUGAUGCACACGUCCCCUAAGCGUGAAUCCUUGAGCAUCGUCGAUAGGAAGGCGAAAGCAACUUAAUGCAAAUCACGUUGAACGGGUAACAAUUCGUCUCCGAGCAGCUCAUAUUCAUACUACCCUACUUGCACAAGACUGAAUGCCCUCACUGCGUACACCAGAACUAAAGCGGCAAGCGAUGGGACGGCAUGCGCCGAGGAUAAAACCUGUAUCGACGCGAGUUACUGCUCCUUUUGGCGGCUACAAUCUAUCCUUGACGUGCACACGAGACAACCCACAGCAAAGGAAGACGAUUGAAAGGGAGCUAAGCCCUUUCAAAAACGUUCCUUGGCGGGCAGUGGUACUAAGACUGCCUUUAAAUUUCUCGUGGUAAGUAUGAUAGAGGAAUACAUUGAUUGACGGGUUCUGGGAUGCUUUCUCUUUCAUCAUCAGAGCGAAAGCCUAAGACAAGUGAAUCACGGAAGUUUGGCAAAAAUUCUUGGCCACAAUUUAGUUUCCCAACAACAACAACAACAGCGUAACAAUUCACAUUCACUCAGUUUGCCAUGUACCAGACAACUAGCAGAUCUAUUUCAAUUAAUCCUAUAUCACGAUUCACAACUACCAUUAGAAUGCGUCGAAUUUAGAGGAGCAUAUAGUGACUCGGUAUUGCCUUGGGUUCGACCCCUACGAGAGUAGUAGGAUGUGGCCGGCGGUGCGUCUUCUAGCCCAUGCGCGCAACGAUAAAGUCCUCCGAAAGACAGAUUAAGGCCCAUAUCAAUUCAUCUUCAUGUACUUAGUCUACUUUUUCUCAGAUUCCUUCUUGGAUUCUGAGAGUAUGACCUUGAAAGAUGAACUAUUGUGAGCGCUAAGCAGAGUCGUUGCCGACAGACCUGUUCGAAAUCGAGAACGAAACCGACUCAGACAUGGAGACUGUGUCACAGAUUCGAUCCCGUCGACAACGCACGAGGAUGGGCAAGGACCUUGCAGGGGGGUUGAAAUAUACCGCAUGAAACCUUCAGUAUGAAGGAUCCUCAGGUAUCUUUAUCUCUUCAUACGUGCAUUUCAUCGUAAGUACCUUUUUACACUUGAAGAGUACAUAGGAGAAGGACAAACAUACAUAUUGAUUCCAUGAUCAUCAUUUUGUGUAGCUCCACAGCAUCAUCUUUGGUUUCGUAUUUGCAUAUACUUGAAUCUAGAAAUUAUAAUUCAUCACUCACCAUCACAUCCUUGGAAAUCGCGGUAUCGUACAUGUUCAUCUGUUACAACGUGCUGCAAGAGCACCAUAAGAUUUAAAACCUUGUUUUUGCUGGAAACUUUCACUUCAUUCUUAGCUAAGCUUCCUAUCAAGAACGGGGAGCCGCUCGCUAGCUACAAUAUCUAAUUCUCGCAAAAGAACUCAAUCUCAAAUGUAAUGAAUAGAUUGAAUUGCCUCCAAUAAUGCGAAUUAGUCAUGUCCUUUCCGUGUGACUAAAGACCAUUUUUAUGCCAUGCUUUGAGAAUAUAGGAUACCGCUGCAUAGUCACGACCACCUCUACCACUAGCUCUCCCAUUAUUCUACUUAAUCAGAAGCAUCUUUUUUGGUUUGUUAGAUCCACAGUAGUUCGUCUUUCUAGUUUACCAUUUCUAUCGAGGAUCCAUAUUAAGUACAACUCCUAUUUACUCGUAAGUAUUCCAUUCCUAACGGCGAAUGAAAAGUUGACUUCCCGUUAGUGUGAGUUCCACUCUUUUUCGAUCGAGACUACAUAUUCCGAGCAACUUGGAUUUGCUUGAAGAUAGAUGUCCCGAUGGGGAUGACGCUUCUAAACAGAAGUGUCCAUGUGCAUCUUCGUUUACGACAGGAGCAAGUUUAUUAGACUCCGGAAAUGUGGUGGUGGAGGACGAGUGGUC